CGCGUCGUUCACGAGUAAGCAGCAAAAUGAUCUUCCGUGUCUUGUUCAGCAGCGUUUGUCUGGUAGCUUUCGUUAGCUGUGACAAAUAUGUGAAUAAAUUCGAUAGUAUUUUCGGUUGCAAGCAAGCCAACGCCGUGAAUAACUACAACCAUCCAGCGGAUUUCAUUCCGACGGAACACUUUGAAAACGUGGGAUCUGGUGUGAACUCGACCUUCUUCCGGCUGGGUAUCUUCGGUAAAAGUGAUGCCGUUAUUCGAUUUUCAAAGGUCGCCAUGCCGUACAACAAGGAUACCCUGCACGAAAUAGUGAUCGGCGCCGGAAUGAAUCGUCACACGGAGGUGCGGCGACAGAUUCGAAACACCGUGGUGCUUCACCGUAAUCACGUGCUCAAGAAGAUACCCACACCGCAGAUGCUGUCCGAGCUGGAGCCGUUCGUGCUGACUGUGGAGUUUGUCCAAGGUGGACUGGUGCGACUGACUCGCGAUGGAGAGACGGAACCGUUCCUGGAGUUUUCGGAUCCUUCGGCGGAGAUCAGCUUCAACUAUAUUGGAUUCUCCAACUGGUUGUCGAAGAUCAUUUUCUUUUUCGACUGUCCAGUUUACAACUUUGAUGUGAGGAUGGAUAGUUUGAGAGUGUAGAGAUAAUUGGCAACAGUUAUUUACUUGCCGUUUAUUGU